UGAUAAUGGACAUUAUCUUCAAAGGACUUCAGUCAUUCUUUAAUAUAAAUAGCAUAAGCUCUGUCAAUACAAACAGUUGAAAAGCAAACAUGCGUUUCGUCAUCGGUUUACUGGCUCUGGGAGUAUCAGCCGUGGCUGCCGUGCCGGCAAAGUCGCCUAGGAUAAUAGGUGGCUCUAAGACGACCAUCGAUCAGUAUCCCUCAUUGGUUGCUUUACUGUUCUCGUGGGACGGGAUUACGUUUCAUCAGACUUGUGGUGGUGUUAUACUCACCAGUAGGAGUGUCUUAACUGCUGCCCAUUGCCUUCACGGUGAUCCAGUUAAUAGGUGGCGUAUCCGCUCUGGCUCCACUUUCUCUAACAGCGGUGGUGUGAUCCACACUCUAAGCACCUAUAUAAUCCACAACAAUUUCAACAAGUGGAAUCGCGACAAUGAUGUUGCUAUAAUGCGUACCAACUUUAACUUCGUAUUCAAUCAAUUUACUCAGGCUGGAAGCAUCGCUGGCUCCAACUUCUUAGUCCCUAUACAGGAUCCAGUCUAUACCGCCGGCUGGGGUUCCAUCUAUCUUAAUGAACCUCCAGUCGAAGAGCUGCGACACGCUCAGAAGUUGACAGUGAACCUGUUCGCGUGUAGGUUUCGGUACAUGACGAUUGGCCGCGCCGUCACAGACAAUAUGAUGUGCGCUGGCUGGCUCGAAGAGGGCGGUCGCGACCACUGCAGAGGUGACAACGGUGGACCUCUCUAUUACAAAGGGGUUGUCGUCGGAGUUGUCUCCUGGGGAGAGGUCUGUGGCUCCACAUUUUUCCCUGGUGUCUACGCUCGCGUGUCACGAUUCACUCACUGGAUCCAAGCCAACACAUAAGUGUAUAUUUGAAAAUAAAAUGUGAAUAUGCUGUAACUUUGAUUUUCGUGAUUAAUUUUUUAGAAUUGUUAAGGUUUGUUAUUAGUGAAGUUUAAUGAUCACUUUGCGAUACGGAAGUUGGUAAUUUUUAUUUUAUAUUUAGUGAGUUAUGAAAACUGAUUGUAAAAUUAUUUAAAUUGAAAAAAGUUGAAGAA